AUGGCCAGCAUUAGAGUUAUUUUGCCUGAAGUUUCCGUUAUAUUAAAGGAGCAGGUAGAGAUAAUAUCGCGCACAUCGAAGGUGUGAGUUCUGUAGGUCAGACGAAAGCGAACAACGUGAAAAGCUGGCGCUUAACGGGCUAUAAUAACUUCUGAAAAACGGACGCCUUCAAAGUUCCCUGGUUGCUGAGUUACUAAGCAGAGAAGAAGAUUUUUUAGAGGACCUCUGUCGAGAAAAUGGAUCAAUACAUGUUGUAAUUUUUAAAACCUCCAUCCAAUAAUUCAAACAGGAUUUGAGAAUUUUUUCAAAGAACUUGGUAAAUGAGGAUAAUUCAUACCCAAAUAAGUGAAGGUCUUUCUAAGAUACUGUUUUCAUUGCUUAAAAAAAGUUUUUAUUAUCUUUUCGAGACUCCAAAAAAACUUUCAAUAGUAAAUGCUAUAAAAAUUAGAACCGCUUUGAAAAAAGAGAAAAACAGCUGCUCUAAAGAUUUUUGAGGUCAUUUUUGAAGCCUUUUUAGAUCCACUGUGGAUCUGAGAAACAUCUUUUUCUAUCUGUUCAUAUUUCUCGGUAUAAUGAACUGGAAUUUCAUAUAUUUCUCAUUUUGUCUUAAAAUUCUUUAAUGAAAAUAUUUUUCAGUUAAAAAAAGAGGAUUCAGCCUCAUCAAAACUUGCCAGUCUUCAUUUUCUAUGGAAAUUUGCUUUUCGAGGUUUGUAUGCGUUUUCAAUAUCUAAUACAAGAGUUUAUGAAUGUCUCCCCAAAACACUGAAAACAAUUAUUAUUCGUUGAAGAGCUUGUUUUUUUCCCACUGAUUUUCGUUUCUUCAAAUGCGCUUUCAUGUACGAAUGGGUAAAUGGUUGAGCAUCGUGGGUAAUCUUCAAAGAGAGACGGUUUUCCUUGCCAAAACUUGUCCGUUAACCUCGUCGCAUUGUGUGGUUGAAAGUUCAUUUCCCGGAAAUAGGGUGUCUGAGAAAGCACUUUGAUGGCAGAUUGAAUUCUCCACAUACCGGUUGCCCUGCCUUUCCAGUGACACAUCGUUUCGACUUUCCACGUCUCUCGAAGUCCCAAGGUGCUCACUUCCCUUCUCUUUUCUUUUCAGAACCUUUCCAUACUAACUAUUUCCUGACAGCUGGCCACUGGUUACUGUAGAAAUUUUUACACGUUUUAGAGACCUCCUUUGUUUGAGCACUCUCAAAAUCCAUUUCAGGGAAAAUUUAAAACGCAAGUCCUCCAUUGAUUGCGCGACAUCAAUGAAUAACCUUCAACAACAACAAAAAAAAAUAAUAAAUUUUCGAAUUUUCUGACAUCAUCAUUUCCCUGAUGCAAAAGUUUUCCAUUGAAAUUAUCUUCAACUUCAGUUGUCCUCGACGUUGACGUGAAAGUGAGUGCUCAAAGUGCGAUAAGAGCCAUUGAUUACGUGCACUUCACGGGUUCGCCCAUUUCUAAACGCUGUUCAGCAGAUUCCUGUAGCUUCUCAUCCAUAGUGUAUUUUUUGGAACGAAAAAUAAGUAAUAAAAUAUAUAGAUGCUGCUAGGCAAAAAUCAAAUCGAACGCAGUUUCUCGUUAAACCAAAAAUGUUUGGAGAAAAUUCCUUUUUUUCGUUUUUGGUUGUAAUGAAAAGAAGGAAAGACGAAAAGACGAUGACUAACUCAGAAAACGAACCGUUAUACUCUAAACACGGCAAAAGUUGCGAAUUCUUUCUCAUUCAAGUUGCCCAGUCGACAUUCCUGUUGUCGAGGAACCCUGUCUGGGACAUUCAGUUUCUAGGAAUCAUCCACUCUUUCGUGAUUCAUCCAAUUUUUCGUACCUGAAUAUUUUCCAUGGACCAAUUUUUUUCUUCAUUUUUACUGUUUGCUUGAGGAAUUCUCGGAAAAAGCAACGGAAAAUAUCUUUUCUCAAUACCCACAUAAAAACGAAUUAGAUGCAAUCCCAAUUUUUCAAAAAUUUUGCACGAAACUUAAUUGACUUCGAUCUGUAUAGCUUAUUUCUGCAUGCGUCUUUACUUCAGUCUAAAAUUUACAGUUUGGCACUUAUACAGAGACAGAUCGCGAAAAUCGAAGAAGAUGGCGUAGUAGCUCAAAGAAGAAAAAUAUGGUGACAAGUUGACGUGAGAUGUUUUUUUCUAUUUUUUUCAGUCUCGCGGUAGUUUUUCUUCACGUGACUCAGCCUUUUAUCAACCAAUCAGGGUGGGACCGGUCGAAGAACUAUCGACUUCCUCUACCAAUUAUCGACGAAUUCUCGCACUCAUUCUGUGCGGGGCCGUCCCACGUCCACUUUCUCAAAUCAAAAAAAACUUAUAUCUAGGUUCUAACUUUAAAAAGCCAAAUGUUUUUUACUUUCUAAAGUUUUCUUUUUUUCAUGUCUGAUUUAGCCUUUCUUUCCCAAACCCCCAUAUUUUUGAUUAGAAACUAGAGCGUGGAAGAUUGAGUUUUUCUGUGUUUUUUUUCUCGCUGCUUUUUUUUGAUAAUUUUAUCGUUGAGAGGUCGCCAACUUCGUACGAAAAUCGCAAUUUUUACAUAUCACUUUUUGCUUUUUCAACCUUUUUAGGUUCCAUAAACAACUUCGAUUUAUAUUUUUUUUCGGAUGUAUACAGUAUAAGUAUAAGGAUGUACUCGUCACACUUAUAUUUUUUGAAUAGAUGAAGGCAGGCACAAAUUAAGAGCUUCGAGUAGACAGGUGAAAUUGAAAACUUGAAUUAAAGUAGACAGAAAGGAUAGAAAUAAUUAAUUUUUGCAUCGUUUGUCUUUAAGAAGGACGCAACAUUAUAGUUUCUUUUUUUUUCGAACACUCGUGUUUUUCCCAAAAUAUCUCAUAUUUUCAAGAUUGUAGCAACUUAUCUUUUCGAGUUUCUCAUCCGAUUGGCAUUUUUGAAAAUAUCGCACUGUUUUCAGGAUUCAUACGCUGCUGUUAAAUAUAAUUUAAAAAAAAGAGCUUUCUGGCUUGAAUAUUCAGGGGACAUGAGAAAAGAUAAGACCGGCUGGCAGUUUGCCACAAGCGAUCAGACGUUGGAAAAGCAAAUCAAGCGGAGAAACUCCGCCUCUUAAUCUUUCCUCUCACUAUGAUUCUCGUUCGAACUUUAUGAAUAAAUCUCCUGCCUGACAUGUCAUAAGCAAAUUGAUUUAGGAGGUCGUCUAUUGGGUUUUUGACGGCGGGCCUUUUCUAUUAAAGUUCAACAUCCCAAGCAAGCUUUUCACAUCUAGAGUCUAGAAGAUAUUUAAGCCAUGUUUUUGAAGUCAGUACUACAAUUUUCAUGAGCUCUCAGAAAUGUGAGGUAACUUUUCUCACAUUUUCAAGCUUUCAACGCAGAAAUGAGAGCUCGCUAUCACGUGAUAACGUGCAUUAUUGCUGUCGAUAAAAUUUUUUUAUCUGCAAAAUUUAAAUGCUCGAUGUGCAUCAUUUCUCAUCCUCAGGUUUAUAUCAAGUUCAAAACCAACGUCAUCUGCAUCGAUAAUCUUUUUCCUGUAAUUUUAGCCGACAACAUAUUUUUAAUAAAUUAAAUUAAUGUACAGUAGCGGAAAGUAGUGAGUACUUUUGUCUGGUUUUUCCUUCAUAACUUUGUUUAAAAAAAUGUUGACCUGAAAUUUCAAAGACGUUUGUUGUUAAAACGAUUGCUUUGACCUUAAACUUCGAAAAAGCACAUAGAAGAAGUUUGGAAGAAGUUCCCAAUGAGCGUGUUGGAAAAACUCCUCGAUCCGAUGCCCCGAAGUUGCAGGGCUAUUAUGAUAGAUAUAAAAUAUAUAAAAACCAAAAAUACUAUGCUACCAAGUAUUUGAUCUGUUUUUACUUAAUUGUUUCUAUUAAAAGUCUUCCAUACUGGUUUAAUCGCUUUAUUGAAUUUUUAUUUGUCGUUUAAUUUUUUUGCGGUUUUGAUUGAUAUUCCAAAAAAUUUUGUUUGAAGUUUUUUUUUCUGUUCAAACCAUUAUUUAAAACUGUCAAUUCCAUCCUUUUACUUAAUUGGUUAAAAAUACAGUUAAAAAUUAUUGUUUUUGACGACGAAAAACCAUAAAAAUACUCAUCAUUUUUCGCUACUUUAUUAUGUUUAGGCAAACUCCACAGAAUUAUGAAGUUGAAUUUUUUUAAAGUUAAGAGCCAAAAAUUUCCAAGAUUUUCUUAAAUUAAAGGUAAUUUUAACAAAGCUCCUUAAUCAUAGUCGCCGUUUCGUUCGCGCGCAGAAGAAGAGGAGAAUUUUUCCCGACCAAAAACUACCGCCAGCUAUGCCAAGCUAUUCAUGAAUCAUACUGAAUGACUACUCUGAAAUAUUUCUGUAUCAAUAGAAGAGGUCCAAGUCGAAACCCGGAAACUGACGUGAGCCGGCGCCACAACGGUAAAAGGAAAAGCUUAUCAGUACGAAGAUUUCUCUUCCAACUUGGUCAACAAGUUGAAAGCCGUCAUAUGAUCGACGCAGCUUGUACAAAGAACAGAUACCAUGAAAAAGUUUUAUCAUGCUCAUUAUCAGACUCUCAAGUUUGCAGCAUAGAUAAAGUUUCUUAUAAAGCUCAGAUAAAGUUGGAAGACCGCGCCGUUUCCAAUAAAAUUUUUCUCCGUUUUUGCUAAGUUGUACUAUACUUCGCUUAUUCGCAUCUAUUUAAUAUUUGGUAUCAAUUUUAAAAGUGUUCACUUCUUUUGUUUUGAUGUCAAUGAUUUGCAUAAUCAACACAGCAAGUGAUAAAAUUUUGUGGCAGCCUCAUUUGGUGGCGCCAAAUAUGGGAAGACGAUCCAGUUCUGCCACCCUUCUUUUUAUUCUCUCCUUUUCGCCGCAAAUCAAGCAGGCAGCCAAUUCGUCGCCGUUUUGAUCGUCGUUAACACUUACGGCUCCCCUUAUUGCGCUAUUUGACCUGGUGCCGUUGUAAAAAGUUUCAUCCAACAACUAAAAACGAAAUCACCGACAUUAAUGUUCCAUCUGAAACAUUUUUUUACAAAUUACCUUUGAACAUUCUUUUGCUCUUUCUCGACAAACUGAUUAUUUCAACUUUUGCAGAUUACACAAAACGAUUUUUGGUCGGUGAAGCGACGUCUUCUUCAGACGGUGCCGAGAAGAAGACCUAGUGGGCGGAGUCUGCAUUGCCGAUUGGAAGCUCGCCCUGGGCGGAGCUCCAAGCCACGCCUGCUUAUUGCGCCAAGUCUCUGCGACUACAGAAGGUGUACCUGCAAGAAGUCGAGCAGCUUUUGCAAGCCACUUCUGCAAAGGCCGCGAAUAGACUUGACAAGUACCGCCGCAGAGGUACUUUUCGUUCAACGGAAACACAUCUGCGAUUCUGAUUCCGACUGCACCUCAGUUUAUCCAAAGGUAUUACUCGCCUCUCGUCCUCUCUAUAACCGAAGCGGUCAAAAACUCCUGUCUAACCGUACCUGUUCAGAAGUCACUCACCUGCUUCUACCUAACUGAUUUCGAAAUCGCCCCGGAAAGACAAGAAAGUGCGGCCGUGUUUCGAGUUUUGUCAACAACGACGUAAACGCGUUCCAGUGCACACAGGCGCCUCGCUUGCCGACAGUCGAUUUCUUUUUCUCUCGUCGAGACUUUUGCCACGUCUCUGA